UGUUAAUGUGCACUAGCUUAUACUAAUGGCAUAUUUAACCGCCGACUCCCGCCGCUUCUCCGCCAACGACAAUGACGACAUCUACUCUGCCGCCGGAAGGGGAGCGGCGGAAGGAGAGUCGAGCUUCCACGGCGGCGAGCAGAGAACCGGACAGAGAAACGGGAGUGCCGCUGAAGUUACUGUUCCGAGUCGCCUCAAUCGCCGGCGGGAUCCAAUUCGGGUGGGCUCUACAGCUGUCUCUGCUCACGCCGUACGUGCAGGAGCUCGGAAUCCCUCACGCUUGGGCCAGCAUGAUCUGGCUUUGCAGCCCGGUGUGCGGCCUCUUCGUUCAGCCGCUGGUCGGACUCAUCAGCGACCGGUGCAGGAGCCGAUUCGGCCGCCGCCGCCCAUUCAUCCUCGGCGGUGCAAUCUCCAUCAUGAUCUCCGUGCUUAUAAUCGGAUUCUCCGCCGAUAUAGGCUGGCUCUUCGGCGAUCGAGGCAAGGUUAAGGUACGCGCCAUCGCCGCCUUCGUUCUAGGGUUUUGGCUCCUGGAUGCCGCCAAUAACGUGACCCAAGCCCCUUGCAGAGCGCUCCUCGCCGAUCUUACAAAGAAGGAUCAUCGAAGGACUCGCGUGGCAAAUGCAUACUUCUCAUUGUUUAUGGCUGCUGGGAACAUACUAGGUUGUGCAACUGGAUCUUUCAGUGGCUGGCAUAAGAUUUUUCCUUUCACCUUAAGUGAUGCUUGCGCCGUCAACUGUGCAAACCUCAAGACUGCUUUCCUUCUUGACAUUGUUUUCAUUGCAAUCGCAACAUAUAUAAGCUUAUCAGCAGUCAAAGAGCAGCCUCUAGAUUCCUAUUGUAAUGAAGAUAGUGAACAGUCCUCCACCCAUGGCCAGGAAGAACCUUUUCUCUGGGAACUGUUUGGAACAUUUAAAUACUUUCCGGGUACGGUUUGGGUUGUUCUGCUAGUCACUGCCCUGACUUGGAUUACCUGGUUCCCAUUCACCCUCUAUGAUACCGAUUGGGUGGGUCGUGAAAUAUAUGGGGGUGAGCCAAACGGAACGAAUUAUAGCAACGGAGUUCGAAUGGGUUCACUGGGUCUAAUGCUGAACUCUGUGGUGAUGGGGUUAACCUCAGUGUUUGUGGAAAAGCUCUGUGCAAAACGGGGGCCUGGUUUUGCCUGGGGAGUAUGUAACAUUGUCUUGUCUCUGUGCUUCAUAGCAAUGCUUGUAAUCACUGCCAUCAGAAACCACAUGGAUAUUGGCAGUGAUGAUCCUCCUCCAAAUGCCAUUGUUAUUGCUGUGUUGUUAGUUUUCACUAUUCUUGGGGUGCCUCUAUCUAUAACUUACAGUGUUCCGUAUGCAUUGAUUUCAUCACAGAUUGAGAACUUGGGGCUUGGCCAAGGAUUGUCAAUGGGGGUACUGAAUCUCGCAAUCGUUAUACCCCAGAUAUUGGUUUCAGUUGGGAGCGGAGGCUGGGAUGAGCUAUUUGGUGGGGGCAAUUCCCCUGCCUUUUCUGUGGCAGCGAUUUCGGCAUUUGCUGCUGGAAUUGUGGCCAUCUUGGCUAUUCCUCGAGCCAGAGUCCAUAAACCGAACCACCUUCUUUAAGGGUAUUUGGAGUUAUUUCCGUUCAUUUGAAUGCACAAUGGAAAACCCAAUGGAAUUUAAAGAAGGGAGAAAGACCAAAGUAGGACUAAAACAUUGAAAAUAUACUAAAAUAGGACUUCCAUGUUUUUAUUCCUGAAAUAGGACUUACAUUACCAAACAUGGUCAUAUACAUUACCAAGAAAGUAUAGUAAUUUGCACAUGUACACUGUCACAUUACUACAAUGCAAAGUCACAUUACCACAGUGCAAAGUCCUAUUCCGGGAAAAAAACAUGAAAGUCUUAUUUUGGUACUUUUCUCUAUGUUUUAGUCCUAUUUAGGAUGAUUUCUAUUUAAAGAACGCAUUUGUUAAUUAAU